UCUUAUUUUGAAGCAUAUACAUAUAUAUGGCUGAUUAAACAUUUACUGUCCUCAUGUGAUUAUAGCACGUGAUCAUUACUAAAAAGAUUUUAAUAAUUUCUUUGUUCACAGGAGUAGAAUUCGAUAAAUGUAUAAUACAACAGUAAUAUUACGAAGAAGCUACAGGAACACAUUCUUAGUAUCAAAAAUGUGUACUGCAAUACAAAAUAAUUCUGUAGAAUCUUCUAUAAAAAAAAAAUUGAUAGAUUCUUUAAAUCCAUCUUAUAUUGAAAUUAUAAAUGAGUCGUAUAUGCACAAUGUUCCUAAAGGAUCUGAAACACACUUUAAAAUAAUUGCUGUUUCUGACAAGUUCAAAGAUGUACCAUUAAUUAAGCGCCACCGAAUGAUAAAUGAGUUAUUGCAAUCAGAGUUAGAAGGUAGCGUGCAUGCAUUAUCAAUUAUAGCCAAAACACCUGAUCAAUGGAAAGAGAAAAGUACUAUAACUCCAAGUCCAGCUUGUAGAGGGGGUUUUGGAAAAUGAACUUCUGAAGUUUAAAGAUCGCAUAUUUAUAUUAGAAAGGAUAUCUACUUAUACCAAUAUUCGAACUUCAAAUCGCGCACACGUAAUAUCUCCGUAUUAGAUGUGUUUCCUGAGGUUCUAAUUUAUAUGAUAAUUGUAUGCAAUUAAGGAAGUUAAAGUAAGAUAAAUGUAAGCUUUAAAAUUCAUACUAAUGUAAUUAUUAAAAAUACUUAGUCAGAACUGAAAGUAAUUAAAAAAAAAGUUACAUUAAUGUCAUAAAGCAAAAGUAUCCAGUCUUAAUUUUCCCUCAUUUUCAGUGAAAUAAAGUAUAUCAGCCAUGGA